AUGGAGGGUAAAGGUACCUACAAGUUGCCGACUGGCGCGCGAUAUGAGGGUGACAUGAAAGAUGGAAUGUUCCACGGCGAGGGCACCAUAUACUUUACCGACGGCAGCAAAUACGUGGGCCACUUCGUGAAGGGAUAUCCCGAUAAAGGAAAAUAUUACUUUGCAGAUGGUCUUGAAUACGGUGAACAAGGUUGGACCUACUGUGAUGGACACGAUAGAAGAUUCUAUACCGAAAUCUUGGAAGGACUACAACCCGCCGGCAAAACUAAUGUUACCAACGGUCCAACCAGAAAAAUUCCACCCCACUGCUAUGAUACUGGCGAUGGGUUUUAUGAUCCAACGCACAGGAUAGUAUUUAAUUACGAAAUGGAUUUUCUUCGAAAUGCCGAUCAUGAAGAACAUGAAUGGAUCAUUAAGAACUGUCGAAGAGACUCGGACAAUUUUAUUAACAAAAGAUCUGAGCCUUGCAUGGAUAUUCUCGGAGAACCAUUAAAGCCAGAGGAUUGUACCAACCACACACAGAAUUAG